GUGGGACUGUGUGCCUAAGAAUUGCAUAUAAUAUGCGGAUGUGAUCAUGUGAAUAAACCAGACCCGUAGCCAAUUUUUGCAAACCCCUUCCUUCCACUCACACGUUACUGUGUGAGAUAUUUCGAUGGAAAGCAACGCAGAAUCCCCACUACUUACCUCUACCACAAAAAACGCUCACUUCGUCGGCGACGUCGAAGAUAUCCCUCCGAUCAACGGAAUAAAUGAUUUCUUUGUCCAAUUUGGCGUCGAAUCAAAGAAGCUCUGGUACCUUGCCGGUCCUGCAAUUUUCACUACUGUCUUUCAGUAUUCACUCGGUGCUAUUACACAAACGUUCGCCGGUCAUGUAGGAACACUCGAUCUCGCAGCUGUCUCCGUCGAGAACUCUGUGAUUGCCGGUUUCUCUUUUGGAGUCAUGGUUGGAAUGGGGAGCGCGUUAGAGACUUUAUGUGGGCAAGCAUUUGGAGCAGGUCAGGUGGAUAUGUUAGGAGUAUAUAUGCAGAGAUCGUGGGUUAUCCUGUUCGUCACUGCUCUCAUUUUGUUGCCCCUCUACAUCUUCGCAACUCCUUUACUCCUGUUGAUCGGACAAACCCAUGAUAUAUCUCACGCGGCGGGGCAGAUGGCCAUAUGGAUGAUUCCGCAGCUUUUUGCUUACGCCUUCAACUUUCCGAUCGCCAAGUUUCUUCAAGCUCAGAGAUGGGGGUUAUGGGGCGGAGCUAUCGUGCUCAACCUUUCAUGGUGGUUCAUGGUGAUCGCUCAGAUGAUUUAUAUUCUCAGUGGGACUUGUGGUCGAGCAUGGUCUGGGUUUAGUUUGGGCGCUUUCAGUAAUCUGUGGAGCUUCGUUAAGCUUUCCUUAGCAUCAGCUAUCAUGCUUUGCCUAGAAACAUGGUAUUUUAUGGCAUUGGUACUUUUUGCUGGAUAUUUAAAGAACGCAGAAAUCGCGGUGGAUGCGCUGUCAAUAUGCACAAACAUUGUUGGGUGGGCAGUUAUGAUAGCAAUCGGAUUCAAUGCAGCUAUCAGCGUAAGGGUGUCAAAUGAAUUAGGGGCAGCCCACCCAAGAACUGCCAAGUUCUCAGUGGUGGUAGUGAUUUUUUUUUCGUUUAUAAUCGGCGUUUUGCUGGCCAUAAUCCUAGCCAUUUUCCGGCAUCAAUAUCCAGCCUUAUUUGCUGAUAAUUUACAAGUUCAACAAGCUGUUUACGCUCUUACCCCAUUGUUAGGGGCUUGCCUUAUCAUUAACAAUAUCCAACCCGCACUUUCUGGGGUUGCAAUUGGGGCAGGAUGGCAAGCUGUGAUUGCUUACAUAAAUAUAGCAUGCUACUACAUCUUUGGCGUUCCUUUGGGACUCACUCUAGGAUUUGUUGCCGAUUGGGGUGUAAAGGGUAUAUGGGUAGGCAUGUUGACGGGAACGGUGGUCCAGACUUUGAUCUUAAUUUGGAUUUGCUUCCGAACCAACUGGGAAAAAGAGGCAUCCAUGGCCGAAAAGAGAAUACAAAACUGGUCGGGUCAAAAAGCGUUGGAGGGAGAGCAAUAAAAUGUACUAUGAAGUUUGUUUGAUCUAAAUUUUGAUCCGAAUCUGUGUGCAAUUUCUCAUUUAAUUAAUAUCUCUAUCCCAUAUGAUAAUUAUUUCAUGAAAAUAGCAUCAAACACAAUCAUGAUAUCCAAAUCUGAUGUACAAUUGGUGUUUUCAUGGUAACUGAUUGUUCAGAUUGCAUUAGGAGCC